AUGUUUACAGGCAUAGUUGAAGCGAUAGGAGUUGUAAAGGAGCUUAAUCACUCGUCAGAUAAUGACGGCACCACAAUGACCAUCGCGGAUGCUUCGUCAAUUCUAACAGAUUGCCACCUUGGUGAUAGUAUCAGCAUUAAUGGUACCUGUUUAACUGUGACUUGGUUCGAUAAUUCCUCUUUCAAAGUUGGUAUUGCACCAGAAACCCAACGCCGAACAAAUCUGGGAACCCUUACACCGGGUAGUCGCGUCAACCUCGAACGAGCAGUUUCUGGCAAUACGCGUAUGGGUGGACACUUUGUUCAAGGCCACAUCGAUACAGUCGCAACAAUUAUCAGCCACGAGCCAGAUGGUAACGCUAUAACUCUUCGAUUGCAGCCGCGAGAUCGUAACGUGUUGCGAUACAUAGUAGAAAAGGGUUAUGUAGCUCUGGAUGGGGCAAGCUUGACAAUCACUAAAGUCAAUGAUGUGGAGGGAUGGUGGGAGGUUAUGUUAAUUGCAUACACGCAGGAGAGGAUCGUGACCUCUGCAAAAAAAGUUGGGGAUUUGGUCAACGUAGAAGUUGAUCAGCUCGGAAAAUACGUCGAGAAGGCGGUCGAGAGUUACUUUCUACAAAGCAACUUUGAAGAAUCAAAUGGCUUGCACAAAAUGAUAACAAAAAUUGUUGAUGCGCGGUUAUCGAAUAACAAAUAA